AUGGCGUCCCGCGGCGGCGGCCUGGGCCUGCUGGCCUGGCUCCUGCUCCUGCGGCCGCGGCUCGGCGAGGCCCGCGCGGCCUCUGCACCCCCUGCGUCCCCUCCGCCCACCACCGGGGCGCUGCUGACCCCGCCCAUGGCCGCGGGGCCCACGGGUCCGGCGGUGUUUGGUUCUGUUGACCCUGGUUCCUACAGGACUCGGGCACAGGCGCGGUCAGAAGAGGAGACUACGAAGAAAGUGGAAUUCACUUCAGCAUGUGGUCAAAGGUCUAUGAGGAUAGUUGGUGGAAGGCCAGCCGAGUCGGGGAAGUGGCCCUGGCAGGUGAGCCUGCAGGUAGAGAAUCAACACAUAUGCGGAGGCUCCCUCAUCUCCAAUCAGUUGGUGCUCACUGCGGCCCACUGCGUAUAUGGCCAUCUGGAAUACACAGUGAAGCUGGGGAUCGGAGACCUGCGGUUUGAAAAGGCAGUCGUGGUCCCAGUCAAAGACAUUGUCGUCCACCAGUAUUACACUGCUUUUGGAUUCAUCGCAAAUGACAUUGCGCUUGCUCUGCUGGCUUACCCUGUGACUUACUCCGCAUUCAUUCAGCCUAUAUGCCUCCCUGAAAAGACUUUCUUGGUAGAGGCUAAUACCAUGUGCUGGGUCACCGGAUGGGGCAAGCUAAACGAGCUAGAGAAAGUAGCACCAGAUAUUCUUCAGGAGGUUGAGCUAAGCAUUAUUCGUUACGAGGAAUGUAAUGACAUAUUCCAGAAAAGGAUGGAAACUAAAGGUCAACUUGUCAGGGAAGGGGUAGUCUGUGCCUAUAAUGAAGAAGGAAAGGAUUCCUGCCAGGGAGAUUCUGGGGGGCCCCUGGUCUGUGAAUUUAAUGAAACAUGGAUCCAGGUGGGGAUCGUGAGCUGGGGCAUUGGUUGUGGUCGCCUAGGCUACCCUGGAGUAUAUACAGAAGUUAGUUUCUACAGGGAUUGGUUAACUCGUCUAGUGAACCAGGCUUCCUGUCUGGACUCAGCAAACUUCCUCAUCUUAAGCCUGUGUGUGGGCAUCCCAAUGACCCUGUGA